AUGCAGGAGGACUUCGAGUAUGAUGCCCUUACCAUUCGGGCCCCUCAGAGGACUCGCUGGUAUACCCGCCUGUGGUCUGCAUGCCGGGGUUGUGGGUGCUUGGGCCGAAGACAGCAGCGAUUUCCCUUGUACCUUAUUGGGUACGAUCCUGUGGGGCGCUUCCAAAGGGCGGCCAGUGUGGGUGAUGUGGCUUUGGUAGAAAGAUUGAUCAAUGCCAGUGAACACCAUGUCAACGAAUGCGACAGGAGGGGCAGGAGUGCACUGCACUACGCCUCUGCCCAUAACCAUCCUAAUGUAGUAACAUUGCUAUCAUCCAACGACUGUACCGAUAUUAAUAUGAAGGAUGAUGAAGGCUGCACACCCUUGAUAAAGGCCACCCAGCGGGACAACAUAGAGUGCAUCUCUAUACUGCUCAUGCACGGUGCUGAUCCCCACAUUGUAGAUGCCAAUGGCGAUGCUGCCCUCCACCACGCCAUUUGCAGAGGGAACAUAACAGUUGUCAGCAAACUGCUGGAGUAUAAUGUAGACAUUAAAUCCGAAACAGAGUAUGGGUUGACACCCUAUAAACUCGCUUUAUUUGAAAAUCAACUUGAAAUGGCGCAGUUUUUAAUUGAGAACGGUGCUGAUGCACCUCCGGAGCUUACACCAAAUAGGUUCUCUGAAAAGCCUCAUGUUACAACAGAGGACAAGGCCACCACCACUGCUAUUAAGGAGGAUAUUGACAACUCUUCCUCCAGGUACACGAUCAUACAGAAACAAAUUUUGUAUUCCAAGAAGAUCGCUGCAAUGAAGAAACGGGACCAAGCAGGUCUUAGCAAAUCAGUGAUAGACCUAAGUACUCUGGGAGAGGCACUGCCUGAAUUCUCUAGAAAGAAAUCAUGCUUGAUGCCUCCUGCCCAUGCUGAUGCGACAUCAACUUCUCAUGUUAGUGAAAGAGGUGACAAUCGUCAGUCAACUGAGGAAACCACUGUUAAUACCACCAGCAUUAGUGAAAGAGGCGACAAUCGUCAGUCACCUGAGGAAACUACUGUUAACACCACCAGCAUUAGUGAAAGAGGUGACAAUCGUCAGUCACCUGAGGAAACUACUGUUAACACCACCAGCAUUAGUGAAAGAGGUGACAAUCGUCAGUCACCUGAGGAAACUACUGUUAAGAACACCAGCGCGGAUUACACACGUUCUCUAGGUGACGCAUUGGACCCUCAGAAUGCUAAUAUGCGGGUUGUUGCUUCAAGUCCUGCUCACUGCACCAGCAAUGAAGUGAAUACUCCCUCCAAGGCUUUUUCAGUUUGGUCAGCAACCACAUCAUUGCUCCUCCUAACAACGUAUAUAUGGAUGCUGAAGUUGUUGGAUUUGAUGAUGACAUGGUUUCUGCUGAAGAACCUAUGA